CUCGUGCGUUCGCCCAAAAGGGAAAAAAAAAACCGCGGCUAGCAUAAACGGUGGGCGCGCGGCGGCGGCGGCGGCGGCGGUUGGCCCUCUCGAGUCAUGGUGCUACCCGCCACCCUCUCGCGCGACGCCAGAGCUCACUCGUGCCCUGCACAGGACGGCCAGGGGGAAGCGGGGCCGCCGCGCCCGUGCAGACCGCCCGCGUUCUACAGCUCCGUGUUCGCGCAGAUCGAAGAGGUCGGGUGGGGGCAGCUAGUGAGCGCCACAGGCGACGACGGCGUGUCGUGCAUCACCUUCCGCGUCGUGGAUGAGCAGCGACGGCAACAUUUACUGGAGAUCACACUGCCCAUGAACUACCCGGCAUGCCCUCCUUCAAUUGCUGCGGAUGUUCCUUAUCUCCCCAAAUUACAGUGGUCAAAAAGCUCGAGACUGAAGGAUGUUCUCUGCCAGUUCCAAGCGCACCUGAAGGUAUUGCAAGAUUACUGGUCUACAAUGGAUGGCAUUGACAAGGCCCUUUGGGUUGUCGAUCCUACAAAGCCGACAUAUGCUAUGUCUCAUCGUCGCAUAGCUUUGGGUGAUGAUUGCUAUAUUUUACUACAUGUUGAUGCGCACAAGCCCAACUCCUUACCAGAGUGCCGCUUCCUAGGCACAGAUGGGAAACUGGAAAGGCUGAUAAAGAAUUGGAGAAAAAAUCGUAAGAGAUGGAGCGCUGACGGAAAGUUCCAUGAGAACCUGGCAACCGUCUUAGAUUUUGCUCUGCCGCAACCCCCUUCUGUGAGUAUCAAAGAUGACCAGCAAGCUGAUUGUGGGAUAUGUUACGCGACGCAUCUGCCCGUCGAUGACGAACUCGGUACUCAGAGCGGGUGCGCGGCGGACUACAAGUGCGAAAACCCUAGCUGCAGCAGAGCCUUCCACUCGGUGUGCCUGAGAGACUGGCUGCGCACCAUUACUACGACAAGGCAGUCGUUCGAUGUUCUGUUCGGGAACUGCCCCUACUGCAGCGAGCCUGUCGCCGUGAAGAGCACCGACAUCUGAACCUGCCUUCUUCGCAUUUACAAAUCGAGGUGCUGAAGUUGGCUUAAUGUGUGGUUCCAGGUUUCGGGCGGACCAGUAAAAAGGAAGAGGGAAGAAAACAAGAAGAUCUAGGUCGCUACGUGGAUGAGCCGGUCGUCAUGAUCUAGAUGUCAUCAAUGGAGCUGCAAGGGGUCAAAAUUCCCGUUGCUUUCUACGAAAUUGGCGUCCACUUCUAGAGAUGAAAGAAGUGUGCCAGCCUAAUUACUGAAAAUUGGUGUCUCUUACGCACCCUUCUAGAUUUGGGACGAAUGAGGAAUUGCUGACUGGUAUAAUUACAGUGGUUUGGAUCUCUGAAUGUCAAUGCGCAUUAGUAUUUC